ACUCUCCAUUUGGCCGCCAUUUUGAAAUCCAAAUCGUUCACAGUACACCCGCCUUGAAACCUGGAACUAUGCCGCGGGGCCGGCCUCGCAAACUAAGGGACAAAACCAACGAUGAAUCAGAAGGUGUGCAGGAGUCCAACCCAGAGAAUUCUGGUUACAGUCAUGCAGACACCAGGGAGAAGAAGUGUACUGUGUGCUCACUGUCUUUCACCAAAGAGAGCCAGCUGCAGCGGCAUAUGCGCGAUCAUGAAAUCAAUGAUAAGCCUCACCGGUGCGACGAGUGCCCGAUGUCCUUCAACGUGGAGUUCAACCUCAAGCUCCACAAGUCCACCCACGCUGUCGUGGACCCCACCUGUCCGAAGUGUCACAAGAAGUUUUCCCGAGUGGCUAGCCUCAAGUCCCACAUCAUGCUGCAUGAAAAGGAGGAGAACCUGAUCUGCAGCGAGUGUGGGGAUGAGUUUGUUCUGCACAGCCAGCUGUCCCUGCACCUGGAGGAGCACCGCAAGGAGCUGUCAGGAACCAAGGUCUACACCUGCAAGGCCUGCGGCAAGGAGUUUAAGAUGUCCUCCCAGCUCAAGGAGCACAUGAAGACCCAUCUGCGGAUGAGACCGAUCAUUGGAAACUCUAGAAACUACAAGAGGAACAUUGACCGGAGUGGGUUCACAAACAGUUGCCAACACUGUGGAAAGGCGUUUAAGAAGCCCAGCCAGCUGGUUCGACACAUCCGGAUACACACUGGUGAAAGGCCGUACAAGUGCACUCACUGCGGGAAGGCCUUCAACCAGAAGGUGGUGCUGCAGACCCACAUGGUGCGGCACACGGGCGAGAAGCCCCACCUUUGCUUGCUCUGCCCCGCCUCCUUCUCCCAGAAGGGCAACCUGCACUCCCACGUCCAGAGAGUGCAUUCAGAGUCGAAGGGAGUUCCAUUGUUCCACUGUUUGGACUGUAGCUGUGUGUUUAAAAAGCUGGGCAGCCUCAACGCGCACAUCAGCAAGAUGCACAUCUCCAUCAUCGAGGACCCUCCCCAUGCACAGGAGGUGGGGGAGGCGGGGCAGACAGUGACGGGGGCGGAGGGUGCGGCAGGAGUGACGGACGUGAUCCAGCAACUGCUUGAGCUGUCGGAGCAAGUGACCGGCGAGAGCGCCCAGGCACCACCCCCCGUGCCGGCCAUUUCCAUGGAAACGGGGAUCAACCAAGACAUCUUACAGCAAGCCCUGGAGAACAGCGGACUCAGCACCAUCCCGGUACAGUCACACACCCAGAACAGCAGCGCCCCCAGGCCAGGUGCGGCCGCCCAGAACCAGACGACGGAAGGAGUGGUCCCCGCCCCUAAUAAAGGCCUUGGCUCCGACAAAAUUCACCGGAAGGAGAAGAGGAGCAUCUACAAGAAACCUAUGCAGAUGCCAGGCUCUAUCAGGGAGGAGAACGGGGUCCGGUGGCACGUGUGCCCCUACUGCGGCAAGGAGUUCAAGAAGCCGAGCGACCUGGUGCGCCACAUCAGGAUCCACACGCACGAGAAGCCGUUCAAGUGCAAGCAGUGCUUCCGCGCCUUCGCCGUCAAGAGCACGCUCACGGCCCACAUGAAGACCCACACCGGCAUCAAGGCCUUCGAGUGCCAGUGCUGCAGGAAGUGCUUCUCCACGUCGGGCAGCAUGAAGGUGCACAUGCGCCUGCACACAGGCGUGCGCCCGUUCCCGUGCCCGCACUGCGACAAAAUCUUUCGAACCUCGGGCCACCGGAAGACCCACGUGGCCUCGCACUUCAAGAGCGCCCAGCAGAAGAAGCAGAAGGGGCCGAGGAAGCCCCACAAGACGCGCUCGGCCCGGGGGAACCUCCCGCUGCCCGACAUCCCCCUGCAGGAACCCAUCCUCAUCACCGACCUGGGCCUCGUCCAGAACCAGAAUUCCCGCCUCUCCCUGCAGCAGUACCUGGACAUUGUGGAGAACGACCGACCGUACAAGUGCCUCUACUGCAGCAAGGCCUACAAGAAAUCCAGCCACUUGAAGCAGCAUGUUAGGUCCCACACGGGGGAACGGCCCUACAAAUGCCUCCAGUGCAGCAAGGGCUUUGCCUCGUCGGGGGUGCUGAAGGCCCACAUCCGCACCCACUUGGGCCUCAAGGCGUACAAGUGCCUGACCUGCGACAGCACCUUCACCACCAGCGGCAGCCUGCGGCGUCACAUGACCACGCACAGUGACCUCCGACCCUACAUGUGCCCCUACUGCCAGAAGACCUUCAAGUCGUCCCCGAACUGCAGGAAGCAUAUGAAGACACACAGAUAUGAACUGGCACAGCAGCUGCACCAGCAGCAGGGCCCCUCCGACACCCCCUCCCUGGACGAUCCCAUGGACGGGGCGGGCGUGGCAGCGAGCAUGCAGGUGGAGAUGGAGGGCGACGCCCUGCAGCCGCCACCCACGGUGGGCCCUGAGCAGCAGGGCAUUCUGGGCCUGGGCCAGGCGCAGGUAGUGGGCGCCCCCCAGCAGGUUGCCCUGGAGACGCAGCUCGGCGACCAGUCGCUUGUGCAGGAGGACGACACGUACGUGACCUCCCAGCAUGCACUGCCGCAGAACAUGGGCCAGUUCGAGACGCAGACCCUUCCCCAGCAAGCCUACGACCAGCAGGCCCUCGCGCAGGGGUUCUCCAUGGCCGAGGGCUUUACCCAGCAGACCCAGUUCUCCACAGUGCAGCAGCUGCAGGAUUCCAGCACCCUGGAGUCUCAGGCCCUGACGUCCAGCUACCACUCCCAGAACCUGCUGCACGUGUCUGGCGCUGAGGUGGCGAGCGGCCUGCUCCAGGAAACGUCCCAGGGUGACCUCCAGCUUCCGGGCCAGCGGCAGGACUUCCAGGAGGACAGCGAGGACAACAGCAGGAGGACAUACAGGUGCUCCAUCUGUAACAAAGGCUUCAAGAAGUCCAGCCACCUGAAGCAGCACGUGCGCUCGCACACCGGAGAGAAGCCUUACAGGUGCAACCUGUGCGGCCGCAGCUUCGUGUCCGCUGGCGUGCUCAAAUCCCAUCUGAACACGCAUACCGGUGUGAAGGCCUUCAAGUGCAACGUGUGCGAUGCCUCCUUCACCACCAAUGGCAGCCUGAACCGCCACAUGAUCAUCCACAUGAACAUGAAGCCCUACAAGUGCUCCAUGUGCGAGGAGACUUUCAGAACCAGCCUGCUGUGCAGGAAGCAUAUGAAGAAGGACCACAUCGUGGGAUCCAGAGUUCUGGACGAGGACGAUGCGGAGGAGGAUGAGGGCUCGGACCGGAUGGCGGCGAAGCGGAAUCGCACCGGGAUCAUCACCUUCACGGAGGAGCAGACGGCCGAGCUGGCCAAGCGCGAGCCCCGCGACGGCGCCUCCGUGUCCGAGAAGGUCCUGGCCCAGUCGGCCGCCGAGCGCGACCGCAUCAGCGAGAUCAAGGACAAGGCCGUCGAGCUGCAGACCGAGCCGAAGUUCGCCAACCGCUGCAACUACUGCCCCAAGAGCUUCAAGAAGCCCAGCGACCUGGCCAGGCACAUCCGGAUCCACACGGGAGAGAAGCCCUACAAGUGUGACGAGUGCGGGAAGAGCUUCACUGUCAAAUCCACUCUGGACUGCCACGUGAAGACACACACAGGCCAGAAGCUGUUCAACUGUCACAUGUGCAACACGGCCUUCUCAACCAAGGGCAGCCUGAAAGUGCACAUGCGUCUGCACACGGGCUCCAAGCCCUUCAAGUGCCCGUUCUGCGACCUCCGCUUCCGGACGUCCGGGCACAGGAAGACCCACAUCCAGUGCCACUAUAAGCCCACCUCCGAGAGCAAGAAGGCCAAGAGGGCAUCCGACAGGCAGCAGGGGCAGCAGGCCCCGCCCCCAGCCCAACCCCCUCCCUCCGAUGCCCUGCCCCCUGUCAGCUUGCUCCAGACAGGCCCCAACGACCCAGGCGUCUACAUCUCCAGCAACCCUGUGCUCGCGGGUCAGUUUGACCAGAACCUCCUACAGCAAGGCCUUGUGGGACAGGCCAUUCUGCCCGCCUCAGUUUCUGCGGCGGGCGAUCUGACGGUUUCCCUCCCCGAAGGACUCGCCACCUUAGAGGGCAUUCAGCUGCAGCUCACCUCCGCCAACUUGGUGUGCCCCAACGUGCAAAUCUCCGGCAUCGACACCACAAACAUCAACAAUAUCACGCUGCAGAUCGACCCCAGUAUCCUGCAGCAGACUCUGCAGCAGGGCAGCCUGCUCUCUCACCAGCUGGCGGGCGACUCUGGCCUCUCCCAGCACUCCGGCGCCCACCUCAUGGCGGGCGACUCGGCCGUGCCCGCCAACGUGGUGAUCCACCCGCUGAGCAGCCUCUCCCUGCAGCCCUCCAUCACCUCGGCGAGCGUGGGCAUCGCGGGCCUGGCGGAGCGAGAUGCCAGCGGCUCUCAGGACCUGUCCCACGUGAUGACGUCGUCGGGGCUGGUGACGGCAGGCGGGAACGGUCAGGAGAUCACGCUGACCAUCAACAACUCCAGCCUCAGCCAGGCCCUGGCCCAGGCCCAGGCCCAGGCCUCUACUGCUGCAGGCUCCGCCCCCUCGGCCAAUAACCCACAGGAGAUCACGCUCACCAUAUCAGGUCAGGACCUCAUCCCGCAGCACAGCACCGCCGGCGGCGCCGACAUGGGCGGGAUCCGGCUGUCGUCUCCCAUGAGCACCCAGGCGGGCGGAGCCACGCUCACCAUCGCUAGCGACCAGCUGCUAUCUCAGAGCCCGACCAGCGCUGGAAUGACAGUCAACAGCCUGCCCCCCACCACCUCCCUCUCUCAGGCGACGGUGUCCUCCCAGAGCCUGGUGAUGUCAUCUACGGGCGUGGCCAGCGACGGCAGCGUGACGCUUACCCUGGCGGACACUCAGGGCAUGCUGUCCAGCGGCCUGGACACAGUCACCCUUAACAUCGCCUCCCAGAGCCAGCAGUUCCCCGCUAUUCUGAGUGAAGCCGGUAUCCACGGACAACCGGCCAACUCCUCCCAGCAGGUCAUUCUGGUCAGCCACCCAACCCAUGGUACUGUGGGACCACCUGACGAUGGUUUCCGGAUCCCAGAGGUGACCAGGCAGUUGGUGAAGGAGCCAGCAGCUGACACACAGCAGGGUCUGAACCAGUGCUUCUACUGCAACCAGGUCUUCCUGACCGCAGUCAUGCUGAGGAGACACUGCAGGCAGACGCACGGAAAGGAGCGCUGCCAUGUCUGCAGGGUCUGCAACAAGGCUUUUAAGAGAGCCACGCACCUCAAGGAACAUGAGCAUGUCCACCAGCAGGGGCCCUCGCUGAGCUCACAGAGACCCCGCACCUUCAAGUGCUCUUCCUGUGACAAGGCCUUCGCCAAGCCCAGCCAGCUGGAGAGGCACAACAGGACCCACACAGGUGAGCGACCCUUCAAGUGCCAGCAGUGCGAUAAAGCGUUUAACCAGAAGAGCGCCCUCCAGGUCCACAGGGUGAAGCACACCGGAGAGAAGCCUUACAAGUGUGAGGUGUGCGGCAUCGGCUUCACCCAGAAGAGCAACAUGAAGCUCCACGUGAAGCGCUCGCACAGCUAUGGGGGCAACCAGGAGGUGUCCAUGGAGCAGGGAACAGAGGGAGAGGAGGAGGCUGGGCCGGAGCUGGACCUGGAGGAGGUGGUGCAGGAGUCGUCUGGAGACUGGCAGUGCACGAUUCCUAACGUUUUCCGGUAGCCUCUGCCUCACAAUGGACUCUUCCCUUUCUUUUUGUUUCAUUUUUUUAUUCCUCUUUUUAAACAUCGCUUGAAGUGUUUACGUCAUGAUGGUGUCACACUGACACGCUGGAAAGCUUAUAUAUUUCACCACACACCUGGUUACAACUCCCCAAUAAGUGCUUUAUGUAGAAAUAUCAUGUUCAUCCCAGACCGAACCACAGACAACUGCACACACAAUGGCCCAAUGCACCAUAACAGAAAUGAGAACUCUGGUGAGCUUAAAAUAAAAUUCAUAAACUUCAAAUCUCAAAUCUCACCAGAUUUCCCCUACCUCAGAGGUAAAUUCACACCGGAUUAUCAAAGGUGUUGCUGGAAAGCAUUCUGAACAUAACCAUAUAAAACUGGAUUGUGUUCCGCCAUUGAACUGGCUUUACUAAGCAUGAAGAACUGCUUUUUAAGUGCUUGUUGCCAUUGUGUGUAAAUGUUGGCAGGAUAGUCUGGAAAGUUGUGUUGGGCCAGCCGAGUAUGUGAAUGACAGCUUUUUAUGAGACCUGUGUUCUGGGAGUUUAAGUUAAGAGAGAAGAGAGAACACCACCAUUUUUGUGGUGGGUGGGUACAGAUUCUCUAGGCUCCUCGGUUUACUGAUAAUGUUCUUCUGAUUCCGUUUCUCUAUAGUGUCUUUCUCAGCAGAACUUAAGUGUGUGUCUGUCUGUGUGUCUGUCUGUCUGACUGAUUGUCUGUGUCCACAUGCGUGCACAUGCUUGCAUACAUGUGUGUGCUUGCAAACAUGUAGUGUUGCAUGCUUUUGCUUUUGUGUGCAUCUGCAUUUGCACAUGUGUAUAUCUCUCUGUAUUAGCAUGAAUUUGUGUGUGAGAAUUCCUUGUGCAUCAUAGCAGAUCAAACAACGAGUAAAUGGAAAACCAAAUGAAGACCUUUAUAUAAUAAGCCAAAUAUUUACUAAGACAUCCAGUACAUUUCCACCUACUGGUCCCACAAUAGAAAAUUAGCAUGUCAGUGUUAAACAUUCUUUGAUUAAGGGUAAUAUUGCUGAUAACAAAGUAUCUUCUGGUUUAUAUAGCAUUGACAGAAAGGUCCAAUACAAGGUCAAGUCCAAUAUAAGGCGUACGCUGUAACGUAACUAAUAGUAUGUCUCGUACAGUGCAGUACAUAAUUAAGCGCUGUGCCAACGGCUAACUGUGGUAGUAUACAAUUACAUUUUUUAUAUCAUUUAAAUAUGACGCAUGCUUGCAUUCUCUACUCUGGUCACACCUUCAGAGAGCAUAUUUCAUUUGACUCGAAAACCGUGGCACUCAUAAGGAUAGUUUAAAAAAACAAUUUUAUUUUUAAAUAUAUAUAUAUAUAUAUAUAUAUAUAUAUAUAUAUAUAUAUAUAUAUUUUUUUUUUUUUUUUUUUUUUUCAAAACUUUAAAACUGUCCGAGGCUACAAUGUUGUGCAAACUGGUUAUUGGCAGAGAUCAAAUCUGACAGCUGCCCAGCUAACAAGUUUGUUGGGGGACAGUGUGUGAAGACUACAAAGUGGAAGCUAGUGCAUCAGUGUGUCACCAUCUGUGAAUGGAAGUCUUUGAACAUCAAUGGUUUCCCGUAAUGCAGCGUAUUGACUGAUUUGCAUGAAACCACAAGUGAUAAACAUGUUAUCCACAUGACAUGCAGGAAUACCAUAAUGCUAUUCUACAUUAUCUACUGUUCGAUUCUAAUUGUCAGGCUGGUUCAGCUUUUUCUAAAUGGGCAUAACCUCAGAUGUGAAUAUUUGUUUUCCACUGCAUAUGUUGGCAUUAUUUAUACAUUUUCCAAAAGGCAAGCUUGAGUAAUAAUGUAUUAUUAUUUUUAUUACUAUUACUGUUUAGAAAUGAUUUUGCUGUAAAACUGAAAAGGAUGCCUUCAUUUUUGUUACUCAUUUCAGUGUUUCACUUGUUAAUGUAAUGGCAUAAUUGUGGAACAGGUUACAAGUACACAGUCUGGAUGCAGCAUAAAUUGUUUAAAAAACUCACAGCCCUUAGUUUACAUAAAGCAUGUUGAGAGGGCAUUGUUAUAAGGCAGCCUUGUCAUGCAGUAUUUACUUUGAAGCCAACUUCAACCUCAUAAAACUUUGGGUUGUACUUUUUGUUUAAAUUACAAUGUAAAUAUUGUAUAGAUUGGACAUGUUUGGGGAUUUAUUUCACAUAAUUACAGAUGAAUGCUGAAUGGGAGUUCACUUUGUCUUUGUUUUUUUCUUUAGGUUCAGUUUUAUCCAUCAUUAGGUUAAUGUACAGAUAGUAUAAGUUGUAUAGUUCAGGACAGGAAUGUAUUUUGUAAUUUUAAAAAGUAUUUAAGUGAAAAUAAAUUCAUUUUUACGUAAGUCUUUAAACAUUA